GCAGCCGGUGCGCAACGGAGGGCGCAGGCUCGGGGCUAAGCUUGGAGGCGGAGGCGAGGCGGGGGCGCCCUGGGGCCCUCCCUCGUCCCCGCCCCCGGUCAGUUGUUGGUUUCGGGUUGUCAGGCAGCGCCUGCCCAGCUGAGAACGACCCGACCCGGGCGCUGGGGGCGAGGUUGGGCCAUGCCAGCCCGAGCAGACUGAGCCUUUGCACCGCCGCCAGCAUGAAGGACAGCGGGGACUCUAAGAACCAGCAGCUGAUGGUGGCACUCAGGGUCCGGCCCAUCAGUGUGGCGGAGCUGGAGGAAGGGGCCACGCUCAUAGCCCACAAAGUGGACGAUCAGAUGGUGCUUCUCAUGGACCCCAUGGAGGACCCAGAUGACAUCCUGCGAGCUCAUCGCUCCCGCGAGAAGUCCUACCUGUUCGACGUGACUUUCGACUUUACUGCCACGCAGGAGAUGGUGUAUGAAGCCACCACCAAGAACCUCAUUGAGGGCAUUAUCUCAGGCUACAAUGCCACCGUCUUUGCCUAUGGCCCCACAGGCUGCGGGAAAACCUACACCAUGCUGGGCACCGACCACGAGCCAGGCAUCUACGUCCGGACCAUCAAUGACCUUUUCCGUGCCAUCGAAGAUUCCAGUGAUGACAUGGAGUACGAGGUGUCCAUGUCCUAUCUGGAGAUCUACAACGAGAUGAUCAGGGAUUUGCUCAACCCAGCCCUGGGCUUCCUGGAGUUGAGGGAGGACUCCAAAGGCGUGGUCCAGGUGGCGGGGAUCACCGAGGUCUCCACUAUAAACGCCAAAGAGAUCAUGCAGCUGCUGCUCAAGGGGAACCGGCAGCGCACGCAGGAGCCCACGGCGGCCAACCGCGCCUCCUCGCGGUCGCACGCGGUGCUGCAGGUGGCCGUGCGCCAGCGCAGCCGCCUCCGGGACGUGCUGCAGGAGGUGCGGCUCGGCCGCCUCUUCAUGAUCGACCUGGCCGGCUCCGAGCGCGCCGCCCAGACGCGGAACCGGGGCCAACGCAUGAAGGAGGGCGCCCACAUCAACCGCUCCCUGCUGGCGCUGGGAAACUGCAUCAAUGCGCUCAGCGACAAGGGCGCCAACAAGUACAUCAACUACCGUGACAGCAAGCUGACACGGCUGCUGAAGGACUCCUUGGGCGGAAACAGCCGAACCGUGAUGAUCGCCCACAUCAGCCCAGCCAGCAGUGCCUUUGAGGAAUCCCGGAACACGCUCACCUAUGCAGGCAGGGCCAAGAACAUCAGGACCAGGGUCAAGCAGAACCUCCUCAAUGUCUCCUACCACAUCGCCCAGUACAGCAGCAUUAUUGCUGACCUCCGGGGUGAGAUCCAGCGGCUGAAGUGCAAGAUUGACGGACAGAGCCGGCGGGGCCAGGCCCAGGGCCGGCUGGAGAGAGGUGACAUUCGCCAUAUUCAGGCCGAAGUGCAGCUGCACAGCGGACAGGGGGAGCAGGCGGCCAUGGGGCAACUUCGGGGGCAGCUUCUCAGCGCCUUCCAGGAGCAGAUGGAUGUUCGCAGACGCCUGCUGGAGCUGGAGCACCGUGCCAUGGAGUUGCAGAUCGACACAUCCCGACACCUGCUCACUAUCGCGGGCUGGGAGCACGAGAAGUCCCGGAGAACCCUCAAGUGGCGGGAGGAGCAGCGGAAGGAGUCCCUGACCAAGGAUGACAGUGAAAAGGACUCGGACACGGGUGAUGAGCAGCCCGACCUCCUGGAACCACCGGAGGUGGCAGCUGCCCGGGAAAGCAUCGCCGCCCUGGUGGGCGAACAGAAGAAGCUGAGCAAGCAGAAGCUGGCACUGGAGCAGCGCUGCCAGGAGCUGCGCGCUCGGGGUCGCCGCCUGGAGGAGACGCUGCCGAGGCGCAUCGGGUCCGAGGAGCAGCGUGAAGUGUUGAGUUUAUUGUGCCGCGUGCAUGAGCUGGAGGUGGAGAACACGGAGAUGCAAUCCUAUGCCCUGCUCCGAGACGGGGCCCUGCGCCACCGACGUGAGGCCGUGCGCCGUCUGGAACAGCACCGCAGCCUCUGCGAGGAGAUCAUCCAGGGCCAGCGGCAGAUCAUUGAUGACUACAACCUGGCCAUGCCUCAGCGCUUGGAGGAGCUUUACGAAGUGUACCUGCGGGAACUGGACGAAGGCAGCCUGGAGAGGGCCACUGUCAUGGACCGUGUGGCCUCCAGGGCGCUGCAGGACAGUUCCUUGCCCAAAAUUAGCCCAGCAGGAAAUACGCUCACCCCGGAAUCAGAUCCUGAGAGCGUGAAGAUGCGGAGUUCAGAAGGUCAAUGCCCCUCUCAGAGCUUCCUGCCUCCCCUCAGCUCAGAGAGCGAAGCCGACCGAGACCGCGUGUUCAAGGCCACUCCUCGAGCCUGGCAGCAGAAGGGCCCCACGGUGCCCACCCCACCCCCCAUCCAGAUGGGCAGCCUGGUCACCCAGGAGGACCCCCCUCAAGACACCCUGGCCAGCCCAAGCAGCCGUAUUGACUCCUCACCCAACGGCAGUGAGAACCGCUCAGCCAUCCCCUUGUCCCGCAAAGAGAGGAAGGCCAUUCUGACAGGCACCAAGUGCAUCUCAGUGAAGGCCGCCAGGAGACGCUCUCGGGCUCUGGCACCGCCGCCGGAGCGUACCAGCCUGUCCCUGCACUCGCUGAGCGAGGCGGAUGACUCUCAGCUCCCCCAGCCACUGGCCUGCAAGCGGCCAUCCAGCCCCACACUGCAACACGCCGCCAGUGAGGACAACCUGUCUAGCAGCACCGGCGAGGCCCCACCACGGGCGACCCGGCAGGGCAGCGACGGCCCUGGGCCCUGGCUGCCAGCCCCUAAGAAAAGUCUUGGCAAGAAACGGGAUUUGUCGCUGGAGGCGAAAAGGAAGAAGCGCAAGUCGCAGUCGUUCGAGGUCACAGGGCAAGGGCUCUCACGCCCCAAGACCCAUCUCCUGGCACCCCAAGCCACCGAGAGCAGCUCAGAACACAGAAUGCCAAUGUGUGGUUAUCCAGCCCCUGCCCUCCGCCAUCUUGGGAAGGUUUCGCAGCCAUUGGCCAAAGUCAAGUUUCCUCCAAGCCAGAAGGCGGGCCCCGGGAGCACCUCACCCCUCGCUGUUCCUGCCAAUGCAGCAACUAGUGCUCCUGGACGCACGGUCCAGGGGUCCCAUGGCACGAUCACUCACGUCAGAGAUGGGUGUUUCCGGCGUCACUGAGGGAUCCAAUCUGGUCCCAGCCCUCCUGUCCCUUGAACAGGAAGUAGGAGAUGGACCAGCUGGGGUACUAUGGGAGCAAGUUUCAGGGUCUAGGGCUCUUGAAAGACAAGAACUGAGGGGGGCCACCUGCCCCUAGAGAAGCCGUGGCCAUGAGGAUGUUUCUUGGGGUCUCUUCCCCCAGACUGGAACAGAACCUUGUUGCCAAACACCUAUAGGGGCCUGAUUUGGCAUGGGACA